GCAAAAUUACCCCACAUAAACAUCCCAACAUUUCACCAAUUUUCACCACUUUCCCAUAGGUCUACAUACGCCUACGGUACACCAGUCAAACUUCAACCUUUCCCCUACCGGUACAGGAAAAAAAAGCAAAAUCCCUCAAAAAACUCACAAACUCACGAAAACUCACGAAAACUCACGCAAACUCACGGAUCACUCACGACAGCCAAGAAUCAAGUCUAAGUGAAUCAUAAUGUCCAGUGCACCGGUGCCUGAGACCCCCCCGUGGCUGUUUAUCCCCUGUGGGCGUUCAUAGCUUACCACCACGUCCAGUAGGGGGCUGAAGGGCCGCUACCACAGGCUGUGUCAGGACCCUGGUGGCGGAGAACGUAAUCCUGGCGCGGGGGGCGUGAAAAAACGUGUCAGAUUUUGUUCUAAUGUGAGUGUGGUCCGCCCCCCGCCUUUAAAACACGGCCUAGGGGGGUUAGAGGCACUAGCGAUACGUGAGAGGUAUGGUGAAGGUGCUAGCAUAUACAACAGCAUCCCCACAGCAUCCCUAGCACUCAGACGACAAAACGCACGCAAUGAGGAACCGCUGAGAGUCAAAAUGCUGUCCUACGUUCUCCCGGUUGAGGAAAAGGUACUACGAGAGGAUGAAGAACGCUCGCCCGGGUCUGAGACAAGGCCUUUACUAGCGGGAACCACGGAUGGAGCAAGCUUAACGGCGCUCCAACAUGCUUUAACACACGCCGCCCCGCCAGUUGAUAAGGCCAAUGGGCAAGACAUCACAACCACCACUGUUGAUGUCUCCACAACCACCUCAUCUACUACGAGUGCCGCUACCAGUCCUGCCCCAGUGCCACAUGCGCCUCAAACUGCUGCCACUGCUAAACCCAGUCUUAAAAGGGUCUCCUUCGGGUCCAGCAAGGGAUCUAUGGUGGAGACCCUUAUCUACGACUCCCCCGUGGGCGAGGAAGAAAGGAUACCGGAAGAGGAGGACACACAGGUCACCAGCCCCUCUGCCUUCAAGGACCCUGUCUCGCAGAAAUUUGGGACCGAGACAGGCGCCCAGCAGAAGCCAGCGUCCAAAGUCCGUGUGACCUUUUAUGAGAGCUCCCGGCCCCUCGUGGUGACCUCCCCGGAGCCAUCUGACCUUGACCUCUACUCGCCUGACCUCCUGAUGGCUUCCCCACCCGCUGACCCCGCCAUGCCUGGGUUCGACAGACAGCUCAGCACCGAGAGUGGGCGGGAUAACCCAUUUCGACCAGGCGGGGACAUCAGCAAAGAAGCGGAUCAGAUUGUGGAGGCUAUCAAAUCUGGCCGUCCUCUUCUAACCCCUGAUACUACAGACACCCCGACAGCCCCCACGCCCACUACUGACGCCCAGAUUAUCCCCACACAAGCCCCCACGAGUCUGCAGGCCCAGUCCCCACCAGAGAGCCCCAUCAGUAAAGGAGGCAAUGCUGGGGUGAAUGGCUCGACCCCAGCGGAAGCCCCCCAGUCAAAUUCAGGCACUGUUGAGGUGAAGCAUGUAACAGUGACGCCUUCUGAUCAGGGCCACGUGGAAAGAGUCGUUAUUAAGAAGAAGAAUAAGUGUAGCUGUUGUGUUAUUCAGUGAGUGUGUCUGUGUGUGUGUGUGUGUGUGUGUCUGUGUAAACCUGUAUUUUUUAAACGCUUUGUUCUGUCACUUAUUCUUUUCCAAGGCCUCCAGGUGAAGAUCCUCGUGUUUUUUUUCCAGUGUUUUGUCGGGUUUGAGAGGAGAUACUGCCUUGUAAACCUGUCUGGAUGUGUUUUUAGCCUUGGAAUAUUGUUUUAGUGAGAGACCAGGGCGUUUUUUUAUGCUGGCCUGUGUGUGUGUGUGUGUGUGCGUGUGUGUUAUUUUUUGUUCCUAUAUCUCAUAUGUGUGUGUGUGUGUGUGUGUGUGUGUGUGUGUGUAGGUUAUAAUAAAGGUGCAUAAGUUUAAUAUUAAUUGUGGACAGGGUGUGUGUGUGUGUGUGUGUGUGUGUGUGUGUGUGUGUGUGUGUGUGCGUGCUUUUUAAUGUAAUAAUUGCAAAAAAAACGCUUUCCAAUUUGUAUUUAAGUUUAUUAUUGUUUUGUGUGUGUGCGUGUGCGUGCGUGCGUGUGUGUGUGUGUGUGUGUGUGUGUGUGUGUGU